AUGACAGCCACCACGAUUGUAGCCACCGGCACGCUAACCCACCCACCAUUGAAACUUGAAUGUGGAGUUGAAAAUCUACGCCGUCACUUUAACAUAGCAGGAGCUAUGUUGAAGAAGAUUCCCCUCUAUCAGCACAUUGCCAACCUUGCCGGAAACAAGACCUUAGUCUUGCCUGUACCUGCUUUCAAUGUUAUCAAUGGAGGUUCCCAUGCAGGCAAUAAACUAGCAAUGCAGGAAUUCAUGAUCCUUCCGGUCGGGGCAUCUUCGUUCAAGGAAGCCAUGAAGAUGGGUGUAGAAGUAUAUCAUCACCUGAAGGCUGUUAUAAAGAAGAAGUAUGGACAAGAUGCUACCAAUGUUGGUGAUGAAGGUGGCUUUGCUCCUAACAUUCAGAAUGAAGGCCUUUCACUUAUCUUAUUAAUGGACUCAGAUUUUAAUGUGCAAUAUAUCUUGGUUGUAAUUGAAAUGGAUGUUGCUGCUUCAGAGUUUUAUGAUAUCAAGGAUAAAACCUAUGACUUGAAUUUCAAGGAAGAGAACCAUGAUGGAUCACAAAGAAUUUCAGGCUACAGUUUGAAGAACGUUUAUAAGUCGUUCGUGACUGAUUAUCCAAUCGUCGUCUCCAUCGAGGAUCCGUUUGACUACGCAAAAUUGACCAGUGAAAUUGGUGAACAAGUGCAGAUUGUUGGUGAUGAUCUCCUUGUCACAAAUCCUAAGCGUGUGGAGAAAGCAAUUAAGGAGAAGACAUGCAACGUGCUUCUAUUGAAGGGUUGGAGUCACCCUGAAACAAAGAUCAGAUCGCCAAGCAACAUUGCGAUUCAGAGGGGUGGAGUCACCCUGAAACAAAGAUCAGAUCGCCAGCAAAUGGACGACUUCAGGCUGGAGACAGAAACCCUGAGCCAGAACCGAUUCAGUCGCACAAAAGGUUCGAUCAAAAAUCAUACUACCGCCCUCCAGGUAUCCCGAGCAAUAAUGCAGUCACGCAAAAUGUGUGAAGAAGACUCCACGCUAGCUCCGCAAAUAGAGCUCCUCCACUCUGGGUUAUCAGCUACUCCAUUCGCAGUGGGGGGGCGGUAUUGCUACAACAGGGAGAAGAGAGCCUGA